CAACAUAAUCCCUGCUGUGCAGUGAUUACAAGCCUAGCUUUGGCCUUGCGGUGCUGACUGCGAUUUCGCGUUAGAUCUUACUGGGUGGGGGCGAAACGCGCCAUUUUUUAGGCUUUGCCCCGCAGCACAAUCACAUAAUAAAAUGUUUGGCGCAGCCACAGCACAAGCUAAGCCGGCUCACAAUCCAAAUGGCGAUUUGGAGGUGCCGGCGCCUGCGGACUUGGAUUCCAUUAGUAGCAUGACUUUUAGCCCCGCCAGCGACUUCUUUGCUGUAACCUCUUGGAACAACAGCGCCUACGUCUGGCAGUACAACCAGCAGGGGCAAACUUUUGCUAAGGCUCAGAAUUCGGGCACGCAGCCCGUCCUAACCAGCUGCUGGAAGCACGACGGCUCGGGAAUUUUCCUAGGUGGUUGCGAUAAAGCCGUUCGGCUAUGGGAUUUGGCGAGCAACCAAGCAGUGCAAGUCGCCAUGCACGACGCGCCGGUCCGGCAAGUCGCGUGGUGCCCACAGAUGAACCUGCUCAUCACCGGCUCGUGGGACAAGACGUUCCGCUACUGGGACACGCGCUCGCCCACGCCGGCGCAUACGGGGCAGCUACCGGAGCGCGUGUAUGCGAUGGACCUCCGCGAGGACUUGCUGGUCAUCGGCACAGCCGACCGCAGCCUCCACGCACUCUUCGUCACGCAGCCGCAGCAAAUUAAGACCCUGGCGUCGCAGCUCAAGUGGCAGACACGCUGCGUCUCCGUUUUCCCAGACAAGAAGGGAUUCCUGGUUGGCUCCAUCGAAGGCCGCGUCGCGGUCUCCCACCUCGCUGAGCAGGACCAGAAGGACAAGAACUUCACCUUCAAAUGCCACCGCCUGGACACCGAAAUUUACUCGGUGAACACCAUGUCCUUCCACAACACGUACGGCACGUUUGUCACGGCUGGAUCCGACGGCACCUACAACUUCUGGGACAAGGACAGCAAGCAGCGGUUAAAGGCGCAGGCUAAGGCCAUGUACCCCAACGGCCAGCCGGCUCCGAUCACCUGCGGCUCGUUUGACCGUACGGGCACGAUUUAUGGUUACGCGCUCAGCUACGAUUGGAGCAAGGGCUAUGCGGAGUACAACCCGACCACCAUGAAGCCGUACAUUAUGCUGCACUCGUGCAAGGAGGACGAGGUGAAGCCCAAGCCCAAGGCCCCCACGGCCGGGCGGAAGUAAGGCAGGACGGUUGGCAAGCUGUUUGGCAGCAGCAAUAGCAGUUGCGGUGUCUAUGUAAGGGCGGCGAAGCAGAGUGCGUGCUGCUCGGAUGGGACCGGGAUCAGCGCUGGGAUGGGACGGGCGGAGUAUGGCAUGGGCAGGUGGAAGAGGGGUUGUAUGAAGACUACGCGGGCCGGAGGCCCGCAGGGCGGCUCUGGAGGGAAGCUGCUGGCGGUUUGGGGUGCUAGUCAGCACGCGAGCAGGACGGUGGGUUGGGAUGAGGAGUUCUUGACACGGUUUGGAUGCAGUUGGGGGUGGUUGUGGUUAAGAGCGACUCAUUAGUUCACCGUGUGCCAUUUAAAGUACCCCUUUUAACACGACAGCAGGCAUGCCGCGGCGGUGGCGGGGUAUCAUGUAGCAGGGUAUCAUGUAGGUAGAGUAGUGUGGGGGUAUUGGGUAGUGGGUGAUGCCCUUGUGAGGGUGAUUGAGAAGGACGGGCCGAGAGAUGCGUUGCAGGCAGCUACCUAGCAGCGAUGGGUAGUCAUUAGGCUUGGGUCUGGGUCUGUGCAAUUCGAGGGUGCGGAGCUACAUGCAUAUGGCUAGUAUGGUUGCUGGUGGGAGGUAGUAGCCGCGUAGUUGGGUGUCCUCUGUGUUUGCAGUUUCCUUGCAGCAGCGGAUAAAGGAUGCGAUUGACGAAUGCGCCGUACCGAGUUUGCAAUUGCAGGGAUGUGUCUAUGUUUCUGUGUGCAUGUGUUUACAAGACUGGCCGCGAGUCGGAACGAAGUGUGCAUGUAAUGCAGUUGGCUUUGUCACCGGCACCACGUGGCUGGACUCAUCAUGGUUGGCGGACCGGUGAUGUGAUGUCCCCGGGCACCGAUUCACACCAGAAUAGCUAUGACUAACAUACUACAACAGUAACGCAUGGGGCAACAAAAACACUUGAUACUGCUGUGGAUGCCUUUGGCCGGAUGUUUCUCCGGCCGUGCUUUUGCAUGGGCAAUUGUGUGUAGCCCUGCACUGUUAUAUGAAUUGUGUCCUUGAGGGGUUGCUUGGGCUGUAGCCGAGGGACGGUCUAUUUGCUAAGCAGCUUGGUUGUGUUGGUGUCGUGAUGCGGCCGGUGCCCCAUUGGUGUAGAUCUCCCUUGCAAGUUGGCCGCUGUUUUUUAAAACCCUGGGUGUUAGGACGACGGAGCUAGUACGAUGUAUGGAGCUCAUGCUGCCGCGAACGGGCCAUGUUCGCUUGGUUUGCCUUUUGCAGCACCACAAUGAUGGACGAUAUGGGGCUGGACUAUGUGUGCGGCACGAGUUCCAACAUCUUGGAGGUGUGACGGCCGUGGUGUCUGCGUCCAGUUGUAACUCGCACCUGACGUCUUAUACUAUUACUAUUAUUAUUCAAGAACUGGUG